AUGAGCUCUGAAAAGUACCUCGCCGGCAAGACUGCCAUCGUCACUGGUUCCUCUAAGCUCAACGGCAUCGGUGCUGCUACUGCUUUAGCCCUCGCCAAGCAUGGAGCCAAUAUCGUUGUCCACUAUGCAACCAGCGCUGAGCCCGCCGAGAAGGUCGUUGCUCAGAUCAAGGAACUCGGUGUCCAGGCCAUCGCCGCCAAGGCAGACGCAUCAUCUGAAUCUUUCGGCACCGACCUCGUUCGCGCAGCUCUAGAGGGUCUUAACACCAAGACCAUCGAUAUCGUCGUCAAUAAUGCAGGCAUCGCAUUUGGACACCCCGAGAUUGCAGCCAUCGAGACUGAGUCUUGGGAUAAGAUGUUCCACGCCAACGUUCGGGGACCAUUCCUCCUCAUCCAAGCAGCAAUUCCUCACAUGCCUACCGGAGGACGUAUCAUCAACAUCGGUAGCAUCGCUGGAAAGCUGGGUAUUACCCCCCUAACAGUGUAUGGCUCGUCCAAGGCUGCUUUGCAUUACAUGUCCACUGCUAUGGCGGGUGAGCUUGCUGGCAAGGGAAUCACCAUCAAUGUGGUUUCGCCGGGACCUGUUGCGACUGAUAUGAGCAUGGAGGGUAAUCCCAUUGGUGAUAUACUGAAAUCUCGCCAGUCUAUUGCAAGGGAGGGUGAGCCCAAGGAGAUUGCUGAUGUUAUCUCUUUUAUCGCUAGCCCUGCGUCAAGCUUUAUCACCGGGCAGGUUAUUCCCGUUGAUGGAGGCAUCAACAUGCCCUAG